AACAGCUCGCUAUUUUCUGUCUGUCUCGAUACUUCCGCAUACUGUCCGUGCAAAAUGUCUCAGGUGACUCCCGGUGUCUUGAAGGAGGUUGUCCGGCCAGGUAACGGUCCUCAGGUCCAGAGGGGCAACACGAUCACCGUACACUGUACAGGGAACCUGGUCAACCCGCCCAAGAAAUUCUGGAGUACAAAGGAUCCUGGUCAGAAGCCUUUCACUUUUCAAGUAGGCAUGGGAAAAGUCAUCCAAGGUUGGGAUGAAGGCUGUCUGUCCAUGAGUCAAGGAGAAAUAGCAAGGCUCACCAUCGACUCCAAGAAAGGCUACGGGGCUUCAGGCUUUCCUGCAUGGGGGAUCACCCCCAACGCUGAUCUCAUGUUUGAGAUCGAGAUCCUGGAAAUCAAGUGAAUCCCUGCGGAUCAGAGAUUUGCACGUGGCCAGCCAUCAUAGCCGAUGUAGUUGAAUCCAUAACUUGCAUGCUUGACAUCUAGUUGACAUUAUACAGGUUUCACACAGCCAAUGUGCUGAUUCUUGUAGCAUUGGCCUUUGACCUUACCCACAGUCCUUUGCAGUAACCUGAACUAUGACUAGUAGUACUAAAAGUAGUGGGGCCAACUUGUAUUCUAAGUUUGCUGGUGUUUUUUCAUGGACAUAUUAAACAUUCCACACUAAAGAACUAUCAUGUAAUCAUUGUCAAACUUUUCACACGAAACUUUGUUAGAUGAAGAUAUUCUGUGACAUAUGAGUCCUUUACCAACGAUGGCAAAAGGCCCUGUAGAAAAUUUUUUGUGGUACUUUGUGUUAGAGUGCAGUCUUACAACAAAAACUAUAGGAAUCAGACUAAUGCAUGCUGUAGAGAGCCUACUACUGAGGCUUAAAUUCAACUGCACAUUCCAAUUAAUGAUUGGUGAACAGUAAUAAAUUAAUGUCAAAAUUGA